AAGAACUCAUAGCGCAUACGUUUAUAAGCUUUAGCUGGCCAUAGCAAGCGAAUAAAGGGCCUUAGUUUGACUACAGCCGUUUUUCAUUGAGGCAAAAUGCCUCGUUAUGCACAGCUAGUGAUGGGCCCGGCGGGGAGCGGGAAGAGUACCUACUGCUCCACUAUGGUCCAGCAUUCAGAGGCCCUAAACCGCUCUGUUCAGGUGGUCAAUCUGGACCCGGCAGCUGAACAUUUUGAUUACCCUGUCAUGGCAGACAUUCGUGAGCUCAUCCAGGUGGAUGACGUGAUGGAGGACGAUUCUCUCAGAUUUGGCCCUAAUGGAGGCCUGGUCUUCUGCAUGGAAUACUUUGCCAACAACUUUGACUGGCUGGAGGAAAGCUUGGGUCAUGUAGAAGAUGACUACAUAUUGUUUGACUGUCCAGGUCAGAUUGAACUUUACACACACCUUCCUGUAAUGAGGCAGCUGGUGGAGCAGCUCCAGCAGUGGGAGUUUCGGGUGUGUGGGGUCUUUCUUGUUGACUCCCAGUUCAUGGUGGAGUCUUUUAAGUUCAUCUCAGGAGUCAUGGCUGCCCUGAGUGCCAUGGUGUCAUUAGAGAUUCCUCAAGUAAACAUAAUGACCAAAAUGGACCUGCUCAGUCCCAAAGCCAAGAAGGAAAUUGAAAAGUAUCUGGACCCAGAUAUGUACUCAAUGAUGGAAGAUAACUCUGAUACCAUCAGAAGCACAAAGUUCAAGAAGCUGACUCAAGCCAUCUGUGGUCUGAUUGAUGACUACAGUAUGGUGAGAUUCCUGCCAUUUGACCGCACAGAUGAGGAAGGUAUUAACAUAGUACUACAACACAUUGACUUCUCUAUACAGUAUGGAGAAGACUUGGAGUUCAAGGAGCCGAAGGAUGUUGAGGAAGAGCCCGCUAAUCUAAAUUAUGAUGAGCUUUUUCAAGGCAAAGUGGACAGCUGAACAGUGAUGUGACUCCAGAGAUUCUGUGGAAAAAAGAGACUUUUUAAGUGAAACAGAAAGCAACUCGGAGGCUGAUGAAAAAGCAUUCUGCAUCAUAUCAAGCCCAAGUGGAGAAUGGCAUGUGACUGCAAAGACACUGAGAAAGGGACAUGCGGAAAAAGACUGAGCCUGAAGAUCAUGAAUACCUUGUGUCAUUUAUGUUUAGAAGGUUUUCUUACUGCAAGCCACUUGAACGUGAUUUAAAUCCAUUCAUGUAUUUUAUUUUAGGACAAUGCUUAAGUUUAAAGAGUUGUUAUUAAAUACAUUUAUAUUUUUAAAUAAAGUAUAUUCAACAAAAUAUAC